AUGUCGGACUUGGAUGUGGACGAGGAAGAAAAAGCAAGAAGAAUCGCUGAAGAAGAUCUGCAAGGUCAUCGUAAGCAAACUUACAGCGGGUUCCUUCUCGUCUGGCUCAGCUUUCAAGCUACCGGAGUCAUAUACGGUGAUAUUGGAACCUCUCCUCUCUACGUCUUCUCGUCGACCUUUUCCAGUCAGCCCUCAUGGGAUGAUCUCGUCGGUGCCUUGUCCAUCAUCAUCUGGUCCCUGACCUUGAUUGUCACGGUCAAGUAUUGCUUCAUCGUCUUACACGCCGACGACGAUGGCCAAGGAGGCACCUUCGCCCUAUACAGUCUCCUAGCAAGGUACACCAACAUCGCGCGAAACCGGGACCCUAGAGGGACAGGCAUGAUACGCAUGGAGAGAUAUCGUACCAACGAUCUCAAACCUGGCGGCAAGAGUCUUCGUAACUUCCUCGAGAAUUCCAAGUUCUCUCAGAUUAUCCUACAGCUUGUUGGUGUGCUGGGAGUAUCCAUGGUUAUGGCUGACGGUGUCCUAACACCCGCACAAUCUGUCCUUGGUGCCAUUCAGGGUCUCGAAGUCGUCAAGCCUGACUUGUCCGUGUCAGCAAUUGUUGGCAUCUCGUGCGCCAUCCUGGUCUUCCUCUUCCUUAUCCAGCCAUUUGGAACUACUAAGCUUGGAACAAGCUUUGCGCCCAUUGUAACCAUUUGGCUCCUCUUGAACAUGAUUUCUGGGAUUUACAAUCUUGUCAAGCAUGAUCACACAGUACUUAAAGCUUUCAGCCCCUCUUACGCCUUUACUUAUCUUGUCCGCAACGGACAAGACGGAUGGACGUCUUUGGGUGGCUUGCUCCUUGCCUUCACCGGUGUGGAAGCACUCUUUGCCGACUUGGGCGCUUUCAGCAAGCGUGCCGUUCAAAUCUCAUGGCUGGGUCUGACCUACCCGUGCUUGCUCCUAUCUUACAUUGGCCAGGCAGCGUUCAUCUCCACUGACGAGACACAAAAAGCUUAUACAAACCCUUUUUUCAACACCUUACCGCCUAAAACACUCUACUUUGGUUUGGUUAUGGCCAUCCUUGCGGCGAUUGUCGCCUCCCAGGCCAUGAUCACAUCAUCUUUUCAACUACUGACGCAGAUUAUGCGGCUUUCAUAUUUUCCUCACAUCAAAGUCGUUCAUACAAGCAGAAAGUUCUCUGAGCAGGUGUACAUACCAUUGGCAAAUUGGCUUCUAAUGAUUGGUACUGUCAUUGUCACCGCUGUAUACAGCAAUACCACGUCUCUCGGUAACGCUUAUGGUGUCUGUGUUAUUGCUGUCACAUUUAUCACAACAUGUAUGGUUGCCCUCGUUGCCAUCCUUGUCUGGAGGCUGCCUUUGUAUAUUGUCAUUCCCUUCUGGUUGAUCUUUGCCGCGCUCGACGGCGCAUACCUCUCAUCCGUCUUGCAAAAGGUCCCACAGGGUGCAUGGUUCACCAUUGUGCUGGCUGCCAUUCUUUGCUCCGUCUUCACUGUUUGGCGAUUUGGAAAGGAGGCUCAGUGGAAGGCCGAGUCACUUGACCAGCUCACGCUAGCAGCACUUGUCAAGUCAGAUCAGGCCAGUCCAAACUCAUCAUCAAAAUCUCUUGUCUUGAAUGAGAUGUUUGGUGGCGUGCCCAUCUCGACUGUGCCUGGUCUGGGUAUCUUCUUCGAUAAGGCUGGAGAUUCAAAGCACCUACCUGCAUGUUUUGUCCACUUUGUCAUCAAGUUCGCCGCUCGGCCAUCGGUUAUCAUCUUCUUCCACAUGCGGCCUCUUACUGUACCCUCUGUUCCCCUCGAAGAGCGGUACGUUAUCACACACACCAGCGGCCUUACCAACAGUUACAAUGUCACUCUUCGCCACGGUUAUAUGGAUGACGUGCUGCACCCAGGUCUAGCGCGCGAAUUGGUAGGACAAAUUGAGCUGACCAUCUCCCGCGGCCGUCGCCCUGAUGCAACAGAGCUUGAGACGCUGCGGGCCGCAUACGGAUCUCAGAUGGUGUACAUCCUCGGAAAGGAGGCAAUAAAAGUGAAGAAAAGUACUUCCAUGGCUGGCCGUGUUACCGGAUUCUUCAGGAGCUUUGUGUUGUGGAUAUUCUUGUGGAUACGGGAGAACUCACGCACCAAGUUGGCGGACCUCAACAUUGAUGCUGAUAAGCUCAUUGAGGUUGGAUUUUUGAAGGAGAUUUAA